UCUGGUUCCUUCCUUUUCUGCCUUCUCUCCUGCUUUCUAGCUCUGGGCUCUCCCAGCUCCAAAGUCAAUACUGAGAUCCCAGAUGUGUCCAGAGACAUCCUGAAGAGGCUCGGGGGUGAAGGAGCCUUAGUGUGUCCACAAAGAGACUCCUGAAACUGACUGAGAGCCAGCGGAUUUGCCAGCGGUCUGUGUCUACCGAGUCUUCCCCCACCUCAAUCUCUGUUGCUAUGGAGACUACCAAUGGAACUGAGACCUGGUAUGAGAGCCUGCAUGCCGUGCUGAAGGCUCUAAAUGCCACUCUUCACAGCAAUUUGCUCUGCCGGCCAGGGCUGGGGCCAGACAACCAGACUGAAGAGCGGCGGGCCAGCCUACCUGGCCGUGAUGACAACUCCUAUAUGUACAUUCUCUUUGUCAUGUUUCUAUUUGCUGUAACUGUGGGCAGCCUCAUCCUGGGAUACACCCGCUCCCGCAAAGUGGACAAGCGUAGUGACCCCUAUCAUGUGUACAUCAAGAACCGUGUGUCUAUGAUCUAACACGAGAAGGCUGGGAUGGUGGAAGACCAAGACACCUGGGGAUUGCGUCUGGCGCCUCCAGAACUCUGCUGUGGACUGCAUCGGGUCUCAGUGUCCCUAUCUGUAAGAUCAACAAGAAACAGGGCUAAGGGAGGUCAUCACUGGGGUGGAAGAAGAGGGGUUGGUAGACUGAAGCCUUGUGCAUAAGGAUUUUUUCCCAGGAAAAGAUAGACUUUAUAAACAGUGGGAGCCCGUGAACAAAUAUAUAAAAGUAGCAACAGAUAAUGACCAAUAACUGGUUCAGUGGCUGGAGCACUGGGGGCCUGGAGUUUGGAGAAAGGAGAAGAAGUUGUAGCAGAGGGAAAUGAGACAGGAAGAUGCUCUGGGUACACGUUUUUUAUGUGUUAUCUUCAGCCAUGAGAAGCGGUGAUGAUUAUCCCAUAUCACAGAUAUGAUUUACUACCACCACCCUGCCCCCGCUCACAUGAAGAAAGCAGGACAAGUGCUGUGCUGCCCAUUUGGGCCUGAGUAGUGCCAUGAUUGGAACUCAGGAACUCUGGCCUCCUUGCCUAGUGCUUUUCAAAACUCUGUGCCACACAGGAGUGGAUCCAGGCCUGAAGGUCAUACAAUUCUGGGGACUCUCUUUAAGAAAAAGAAUUCUAAAAUAUCUUACUUUUGCAAACAUUACGAAAAUAUACUGCCACAUUAAUAUGUUGCUAGGGCCCCUGCUAGGACCUUAAGAAGGAGCUCAUGUGAGUCAGGACCCUGAAUGUUAGGCCUCGUUAGCUCUAUGGUUCAUAUGCUUCUUGAACCAAGUCACAGGGCACUUCCCAGCCACAUUGCCAGCCAACAGGACUAAACUACCUCCAAAGCAAGCAGCCUUUUCAGUUUUGAUUGAGUGAUGUGAGAAAUUUCUUUUCUUUUUUUUUUUUUUGAGACAGUCUCCCUACGUCACCCGCAGCAACCCAAUCUUGGCUCACUGCAACCCCCACCUCCCAGGUUCAAGCAAUUAUCCUGCCUCAGCCACCUGAGUAGCUGGGAUUACAGGUUCCUGUCACCACACCCAGCUAAUUUAUUUAUAUAUAUAUACACACACAUAUAUAUAUACACACAUAUAUACA